AUGUCCUCCGAACUGACAUUCGUGUUGAUCACAGGUGCCAACACAGGUAUAGGCUAUCAAACCGUUAGACACCUGCUAUCUUCCCAUAUACCUUAUCAUAUCUUCCUCGGGGCUCGAUCGGAGGAGAAAUCUAAGACAGCCAUUGAGAAUCUACUUGAAGGAUAUCCCAAUACCCAAUCAACUCUGUCACCCGCUAUAGUCGAUUUGGAAAGUGACGAGUCGAUCGAACAGGCCGUAAAGGCUGUCAGGAGCGUCACAGACAAGAUCGAUGUCUUGAUCCACAAUGCUGGCGUCGAAUUAGAUGUGAACGGUCCAACUCAAGGUCUGACCACUCGAGAGAUAUUCGACAAGACAUAUACUACCAACAUAACUGGACCCCAUAUUCUCACCACCCUACUCGUUCCCCUGUUACUCAGAUCAAGUAACCCUCGAUUAGUGUUUCUCACUUCUGGUACAGCAUCAUUCGAGCUCAGCACUAACCCAGAAUUCAUUUUGAACAAGUCCCCCGCGGCUGGAUGGCCCAAGCCCCCUCAAAGGGAAUUGUUCUCCUAUAAAUCAUCGAAGGUCGCACUCAAUAUGAUCAUGCGGGAUUGGUAUAGGAUCUUGAAAGAGGAUAAGGUAAAAGUAUGGACUGUCAACCCAGGCUUAGUAGUUACCGGUCUAGGAGGUGAUCCAGAGAUAUUGAAGAAGUUAGGUGCAGGUGAUCCAGCUGGUAGUGGACAGUUCGUGGUGAAUGUCGUUGAGGGUAAGAGGGAUGAAGAUGUAGGUAAGACUGUACAAAGACAAUGGCUGUACGGGGAAGUCCUGCCUUUCUAA